UUUCACAUACAAAAGCUUUACAAGCGCUGUGAGUGGUGAAAAAAAGCCCUAAAUUGUGAUGCCCUGUGAAUACGGGUGCUGACUGCUGACCAUAUCGACCUUUCGAACCCACCCCAAGUGAAUGUAUAGAUUCAAAAAUCGAUUGUUUUCUUGUCACAACAAAAACAUAGCUUAAAUAUUAAAAAUGAUUUUAUCACGGUCAAAACCAGCUAUUUCUGAAACUACGCUUCAAUCCCUGAGACGAAAAGAUAUUCCCAAACUUGAAGAGUUUUUACAAAAACGUGACUACAGUGGUGCUCUGACUCUCGUUGAAUUCAAUGUACCAACAAACAAUGCACUUGAUUCUGACAUGUGGAUUGCGUACUGCGAAUUUCAUCUUGGCAAUUACAAACGCGCAGCAAUGAUUUACGAAAAAUUAUCGAAAAAAAGUGAAGAAAAAUCAUCGAAUACAUCAACGAAUUUAGCAUGUUGUUAUUUUUUUUUGGGAAUGUACCCCGAAGCAAAAAAUAUCCUUCAUAAUGCUUAUGAAAAUACUUUGAAAAAUCGGCUGCUUUUUCAUUUGUCGCAUAAAAUGGAAAAGGAGGGAGAACUUAAUAAACAUCAUGCUAAAUUACAAAACGUUAUUGAGGAUCAACUUUGUCUUGCUUCAAUUCACUAUCUUCGUGCACAUUAUCAAGAAGCCAUUGACAUCUACAAAAAAAUUCUUCUCGACAACAGAGAUUAUUUGGCAUUGAAUGUUUACGUUGCACUUUGUUAUUACAAGCUUGAUUAUUAUGAUGUUGCCCAAGAAGUACUCCAGGUUUACUUGCAAAAAUAUCCAGAUAGUGCGAUUUCAAUAAACUUAAAAGCUUGUAAUCACUUUCGUUUGUAUGAUGGUAAUGCAGCUCAAGCUGAAUUGCGACAGUUAGUAGAAACAACAUCUUCAUAUAGCUUUGGGCAUGAUUUGAUUCGUCACAACAGUGUGGUGUUUAAGGAAGGUGAGGGAGCAUUGAAGAUUUUUCCAAAUCUCAUUGAUGUUAUUCCCGAGGCACGGCUGAAUCUAGUAAUAUUUUAUUUAAAACAGAAUGAUAUUCAGGAAGCAUUCGAGCUGAUAAAAGAUUUAGAACCAUCUGUGCCACAAGAAUAUAUUCUCAAAGGAACAGUUAAUACUAUAAUUGGUCAAGAAACUGGAUCACGUGAAAGCAUUAAAACAGCCCAACAAUAUUUUCAUCUUGUUGGUUCAUCAACAUCUGAAUGUGAUACAAUACCAGGCAGACAUUGCAUGUCAGCAUGUCUUUUCUUACGUCGACAAUUUGAUGAAGUCCUUGUUUAUCUUAAUUCAAUAAAAACAUAUUUUUCAUCAGACGACAGAUUUAAUUUUAAUUAUGGCCAAGCACAAGCUGCAUCAGGAUUGUUUAAAGGAGCUGAAGAUGCAUUUUUAGUUAUUCGAAAUGAAAGAUUAAAAAAAGACUUCGCAUAUAUAAGUAUUUUGUCUUAUUGCUAUAUAAUGAAUAAAAAAAGUCAACAAGCUUGGGAACUUUAUUUAAAAAUGGAUACUUCAACACAAAGCUUUAACCUCCUUCAGCUAAUUGCAAAUACUUGUUAUACAGUGGGUGAAUUUUGGUAUGCGGCUAAAGCAUUUGAUAUGUUGAAUAAAUUGGACCCGUCACCUGAAUAUUGGGAAGGUAAACGUGGCGCAUGUUGUGGAACAUUCCAAUAUAUUGUUGCUCAAAAACAAUCAAAAGAUUUAUUGCCACAAGUCAUUCAGCUGCUUAGAAAUACAUUGAAUUCUCAAGUUGACCAAAUCAUUCGGGUCAUGAAAAAAUGGGGAAAAGACAACAGAAUACCUUGCUAAUAUGAGUUUAAUUUAAAAAAAAAAAAAAUUCCAUUUGAAAAU